GGCCAAGACAAUUGACGAGUAACAGUUGCAUCUAUCGUAGUGUUGCCCAGGUGCCAGGUUACGAGAACAAAUACCUAGGUGGCUCGGGAGGGACACACGAGAUUCCUCCCCGAGCCCCCAUGCUUCUUCCUACCCCAGCUUUCCAGUUCCCCACGUCCGUCUUCCCACGUCCUGUAGUUCCGCAAAUUACUUGAUUGCUUUAUCAUUACACAUAUUGCACCCAUUGCUCCCAUUGCACCCAUUGCACCUAUUGCACCAUCCCAAAAUUUCUUGGGCGUCGUGUGUCUACAUUCUCCAUUUCAUCCAUUGAGCCUGCAGCAAUUCCAAAUGCUACUUACAGCCAAGCCAAGGUUUCAUAUAGUAAUGAUACUGGUCACACAAGAAUAUCGAAAUUUCCCUUGAAUCUUCAAUGUCAAGUCCCAGGUUUUCUGCAAUUGAGCAGAACCAUAUUGACGACGAAAGUAGCCAUACGAACUCUUCUAACUCUCUUGGAAAAAUCCGCUUUCGUCAUGGCUCCAGUGCCCGUUACGAUUCCAAUUUCAAUGAUCAAGUAUGGGUGAAAUUACCUGGAAAAAUUGGUUCCGAUGACUUUAUCGACGAGUCACCAGAAUUAGAUGAAAUAUAUACAGUAAUAGCAAGGCGUGAAAGCACAUCUACAUCAGAUUUAAUUGCCAAUUGGAGUGAAAACCCCCACCCAAUUAUCUCCACAGGGCUAAUCGAGCGGCGGCCAUCUGCUACCUCUCGCACUGAAGCCUUUAGAAAAUCCAUCUCGAAAGAGCAAGAAAGGUCCCCAGUGAAGAAGCGAAGGGUUGACGAUGACACUUUGUCUGCUUCAAGCAAGCGUUCCGCUGUCAAAUCCUACCCCAGAAGACCUGCAAAGACCGAUGGACAUCUCACCGAAUCAAAUGUUUCUGGUGAGAUGGUGCACCAGCGGCCUGUUGAUUAUGACUUAUCUACAAUCUUUCCCCGAGAACUGAUUGUCCAAAAUGAAGUUGUGGAUGUCCUGUCUCAGUCAGAAAUACAGCAGGCUUCCCUUCUGAGAUACUUUGCAGAUGAGCUGGCUGGUUGGUUUGACCUCUGUGACCCAGAACGCCAUUUUGCUUUGGUAGUCCCACAAAGAGCGAAACACUGUCCCGCACUUCUCAAUGCUAUAUACACAGCAUCCGCGAGAUACCUUAGCCGGCUCGAACGGUACAGGAAUAAUGGCAUGGUUGAAUACAACGGAAACCCGCUGCCCAACUUAAAUAUGGAGACUGCUGCUGAAUAUCACAGCAAGUGUACCGAGCAUCUUGUAUCUGUCUCAGAUAAUCUUGAUGUCUUGUAUGAUGAAAACCUACUGGUCGCUUCUGUGAUAUUAAGAUUUUAUGAAGAAAUUGAUGCACCUUUGAGCGGGGGAGAUGGAGCGCCAAAAGGAACCCAAGUAUUUCUCACAGCUCAAGCAUCAGGAUGCCUCGAUAGUAGCCUUCGUAGAGCCGCUUUUCGUGUCGCUUACAGACAAGAAGUUCACAUGGCAUUUCUUAGACAAAGACCUUUUCACAUGCCUCUGCAGUAUCACGAAUAUCGGUCCCUCGAAUAUGCAGACGACUUUACUUGGGCUUAUCGAACAAUUGUUCAUUGUGCUGAUGUAUUACAAUACUGUUACGGCCUGGGUAGUAAAUCCAAUAGCGACUAUGACAUGUUAGUUCAGUAUCACGAAGGCUGGGAAAGCUUACGUCCACGGUCCUUCGAUGCUCUAUACGAUAGAGCUGCUGUUGUGAGUUCCAGACGGGCCCUACCUGAAAUAUGGUAUUUAUCUGAUUGCCAUGUCACUGCCCAUCAACACAUGGAUAUCUCUCGAAUCCUACUCACAACUUACGAUCCGCGAAUACCUAGGCUGGGACCAGGUCUCAAAGCAGUUAGCCAAGACAUCGAGGCACAGAUAAACACGAUCGUUAAACGCCUUUGUGGUGUGGCAAUAUCAAACCAUCGGUCUCCAUCCGCAAUGAACAUAGCGUAUAUGGCUAUCACUAUGUGUGGCGAACAGUUUACAGACAUCGAAGACCGAGGGUGUAUUCUCGAGGUACUAAAAUACACCGAGCAACAACAUGCCUUGCCAACAGCACAUAUUCGCAGUAGAUUGAUAGAAGCUUGGGAAUGCUCAGGAGACGUACUAGUAAACUAUGGCCAAGAGGCUAUAGAGGGCUGCAUGGAUAUUAUCGAUCAAUGAAUUUUAUAACAGCGCAUGGUAGAAUGUAGAUUUGUGCUGGUGUUCCAGAACUCAGAAUAUUACGGGUUAUUAUGGGCGAAGUCAACAUUAACUUUAAUGAAAGGCAUACUAGCCCUUGCUCCCAAUAGAUAUUUUGCAUCCAGUUGAAUGUUUUCAAUUUUCGACGCAUUGCUAUUGCCCA